UAUUUAAAAAAAAAAAAAAAAGAAGAAGAUAGGGUAAAACAGCUUGGAACGGGAACAACAUGCGUAGCAGUCGAUCUCAUCUCUGAUCUUCUCCUCCUCUCUCUCCGUCUCUCUGAGUUCAUACUAUCUCCUUUCUCUCUCUCUCGCUCAUUCUCUCUCUCAGGGGGGUUUAAAAUGACAGAACCUUCCAAAGUUAUCCACGUACGCAAUGUUGGACAUGAAAUUUCUGAAGUUUUUAUUUUCCUUUAUUUAUGGAGCUUCAACAAAAUGCACCAGAACAUGCUAUGUUAUCUCUAUCAUAUUGCAGGCUCUCCUGCAAAUGCAAGAUAUUCCUUCAGCCAUCAACGCAUUGCAAUUCUACUCAAAUGUCCAGCCGACCAUUAGGGGUAGAAAUGUUUAUGUCCAAUUCUCAUCACAUCAGGAACUAACCACAAUGGAUCAAAAUUCUCAAGGACUAGGAGAUGAGCCGAAUCGCAUUCUUUUAGUUACAAUCCAUCACAUGCUAUAUCCUAUUACUGUGGAAGUGCUGCAUCAAGUUUUUUCUCCUCAUGGGUUUGUGGAGAAGAUCGUCACAUUUCAAAAGUCAGCUGGUUUCCAAGCCCUUAUUCAGUAUCAGUUAUGCCAGAGUGCUGUUGCAGCAAGGACUGCUCUUCAGGGACGUAAUAUUUAUGAUGGUUGCUGUCAGCUGGACAUUCAGUUUUCAAACUUGGAUGAAUUGCAAGUGAACUACAAUAAUGAUCGAUCAAGGGAUUUCACUAAUCCUCAUCUGCCUUCUGAACAGAAAGGCAGAACUUCACAACCAGCUGGAUAUGGUGAUGUAGGAGUUGCAUAUCCACAGAUGGCCAAUGCAACUGCAAUUGCUGCUGCCUUUGGUGGAGGUUUGCCUCCUGGAAUCAGUGGGACAAAUGAUAGGUGUACAGUGCUCGUAUCAAAUUUAAAUCUUGAUCGAGUAGAUGAGGAUAAGCUUUUUAACCUGUUUUCACUCUAUGGAAACAUUGUGAGGAUUAAGUUUCUCCGCAAUAAACCAGAUCAUGCUCUUGUUCAGAUGGGAGAUGGUUUUCAGGCUGAAUUAGCAGUGCAUUUUUUGAAGGGUGCCAUGCUUUUUGGGAAGCGAUUGGAGGUCAACUUUUCAAAGCAUCCGAACAUAACUCAAGGUGCUGACACGCACGAGUAUAGCAACUCUAAUCUCAAUCGCUUCAACCGUAAUGCUGCAAAGAACUAUAGAUACUGCUGCUCACCAACAAAGAUGAUCCACCUUUCCACUUUACCACAAGACAUUUCCGAAGAGGAAAUAGUAAGCCAUUUAGAGGAGCAUGGCACCAUUGUCAACACCAAACUCUUUGAGAUGAAUGGGAAGAAGCAGGCCCUCGUUCUGUUUGAAACCGAGGAGCAAGCCACUGAAGCCGUCGUGUGCAAGCACGCAAGCUCACUUGCUGGGUCAAUAAUUCGGAUUUCCUUUUCUCAGCUGCAAUCAAUAAGAGAAACUUCAUAAAAGGAUUAAUGGGGGGUCAAUGAUUUGCAAUGGAAGUAGACUUUUAAGGACACUUAAUACUCAGCAAGGUUAUUUAAUGUGUUGGUGGUGGCGUUUUGCAUUGCUUCUCUCCUCUUUGUAACAGUUCACUGCUUUGAUGCUGAUUUUUCUUCUUUUUUUUUUUUUUCCGUUUGUUAAAUUCAUCAUCCUUAAUCACACCUCUAAUAUUUGUACCAAUUAUUUAUUAGGUUUGUUCAAUGACGAAGGUUGAGUAGAUUCCUUGUUUGCCGCAGAUGUGCUCAGUUUUGAAGAAUAGGAAGGAAAGAAGAAUGUAUUAAAUCCUUUUUCUCUUUACUAUAAGAGGGACAUGUUUUGUAUCAUUGUUCAUAUACUGCUCUUGUUCAUAGGAGUUUGGUAACUUUCA